AUGACUGCAAUGAAGAACAUCUUGGAAUGUGUUUUGGGAGAAGUUGCACCACUUGCGAAUGUCAUUGAUAUGAUUGUUACAGAUGAAAGAAGUAAAACACAUGACUUAAAUAUCCAAGAACUCUCUUUGAGCAUUUUCAAAAGCAAAUAUUUUCAAGAUCUUAAGAAAAUGGCACAAGACUCCUUGGAUGCACUUUCUCGGUAUGAGGCACACUUAACAUACAAUGGAAAGUACAUGUUUUAUGCUCCAAUUAAAGAAAAGGUUUUGCCGACAUUUGCGAUGUUGCAAAAGACACUUUUGAUAUGUGAAACUUUAUGCAAUGAUUGGUUAAAUUUGGAAAAUGUUAAUAGGGCAUUUGUAAUUGAAGGACUCAUCUCUGCUGUGCAAGAAAUUGCUUCAUUUUCGACUCAAGAGCAACUGUGCCGUGCUCUUAAUGCGUUUUUAAAGUUCGAUGUGGAGACUUUCAUUGCCUUUCAGAAGAGUAUCAACAAACAAGAGGAGGAUAACAAAGCGAAGAGAUAUGGCGACCUUGAACGACUACUUGAAACAAUCACAACCAAAAUGCAAAACCGACAUACAGUGUUUCCCAAAAGCAAAAAAGAGUAUUUUGAUUCUAUUGUCUUUGAAAAUGAGUUGUUUAAUGAGAACAGACUCUUAUUUGAAGAAAACAUGAGAGCGACUUUAAAACAUGAAAAUGUUAAGGCAAUGGCGGGACAAAAGAGUAAAAAAUCACUUAAAAAAGAACCCACGGAGGUGCAUCUUCCAGACGUCAUUUCAUUCAGUGUUAUUAUUGACAAUAAACGUAUUAUAAGCACUGUUUUGAUCCGUGAGGAUGACAUUAAUGAAGACGUUAUAAUCACUAAAAAGUACUUUCCGUACCUUGAAAACGACGGAAGAGUGUUUUAUGAAAGGAGUUCAUUAUAUGGGAGUGUCAUUGGAAUGGAAAAUCCAGUCCCUCUAGCAAAGACGAAAGUCGACAAAGUGAUUCAAAAGAAAGACGAAAGUAAAAAAGUGAAAACUUCAGUCGACCAAGAAAGUGAAAGACUUCAAAAAGCCAAAGAAAAACACAAAUUACUCAAACAAAGUCGAGUCAAGUCUUUACUUCACGAAAUAUCACGGAUUUCUUGUGAUCGAAUUCAAAAGAGUGAAAUCAAAGAACAAAGACAGACUUUUAAAACUAGUUCUUAUAGAAGAACUAAUGAAGAACGUUUAGCAACUUCAAGCGAUCAUGGAAAAAUGGUUUGUAGGUCUGUUCUUACAAGAGACAACGUUAAAAAUUCAAGGCCAUUUACUUUAAAUGGAAUUGAACUAAAAGAAACUAUUGAAGGAGUACAAGCCGAACAAGGCCAAAUACCUUUUAAAGAAACAAAUCAAGAAGUUGAGCUAUAA